CCCUCUCACAACACGGAAUAUGGCGGCCAGCUCGGAUCGGAAUCCCCCUCCUUUCCCUGCAACAGAGGAUCCUGGAGCCGGACUAGCUGACAUGGCAGACGGAGACAGCGACGAGGGAGAGGACAUCUUCGUCAGUAACAGUAACAACCCUGUGGCUGUGAGCCGAGGAGUUUCUCAGCCGGACCAUGUCAAUGAGAUGCCGCCAGAUCUGUUCAGUGAGGAGGAGGCCAACAACACAACUGCCAGAUCUAAUGGAGUUCACUCUGAUGAUGACAACGACCUGUUUGCUGAGGCACACGUGGAGCUGAGCACAGACAAGCCUGGCUCUGCUCGGAAGGAGCUUUCCACCUCCUCUGGCACUCAUCCAGCCUCCUCGAUCACUCAGAGCCCUGCUGCCAUGCAGCCCACCUCCCUGGAGCAGUUGGAGGACGAAGAGGCCAAGGAUAGUUUUGAUGUGGAUGUUGCUGUCACCAACCCUGAGAAAGUUGGAGACGGCAUGAAUGCAUAUGUGACCUACAAAGUAUCCACCAGGACUUCCUUGCCCAUGUUCAAGAGUAAAGCCUUCUAUGCGAGGAGGCGUUACAGUGACUUUCUGGGUCUUUAUGAAAAGUUGUCGGUCAAGCAGUCCCUCCAUGGCUGCAUAAUUCCACCACCACCUGAGAAAAGUGUUGUAGGAAUGACCAAAGUGAAGGUGGGAAUGGACGACCCGUCAUCAGUAGAGUUUGUGGAGAGAAGAAGAGCAGCUCUGGAGAGGUAUCUUCAGAGAAUAGUGUCUCACCCAUUGUUACUACAAGAUCCUGACGUCCGUGAGUUCUUAGAGAGAGAAGAUCUACCCAGAGCAGUGAGCACCCAGACGCUGAGUGGAGCUGGCUUCCUCAAAAUGAUCAAUAAGGCAUCAGAUGCUGUCAACAAGAUGACCAUCAAAAUGAAUGAGUCUGACACUUGGUUUGAGGACAAGUUCCAGGAGGUGGAGAGCGAGGAGCAGCAGUUGAGGAAGCUUCAUGCCUUGGUCGACUCCCUGGUCAAUCACAGGAAGGAGCUGUGUGGGAACACGGCAAUAUUUGCCAAAAGUAUGGCCAUGUUGGGAAACUCUGAGGAUAACACCGCCCUGUCUCGGGCGCUGUCCCAGCUGGCAGAGGUGGAGGACAAGAUGGAGCAACUGCAUCAGGAGCAGGCAGCCAGUGACUUCUUCAUCUUUGAAGAGCUGCUGGCCGACUACAUCCGCCUGCUGGGUGCCAUGCGGGGGUGUUUUGACCAGCGCAUGCGGGCAUGGCAGCGAUGGCAGGAGGCUCAGAGCACACUCCAGAAGAAGAGAGAGUCAGAGGCCAAGCUGCUAUGGGCCAACAAGCCGGACAAACUGCAGCAGGCCAAAGAAGAGAUCACUGAGUGGGAGGCGAGGGUUACUCAGUACGAGAGAGACUUUGACCGGAUUGGCGUGACUGUACGCAAGGAGGUUCUCAGGUUUGAGAAAGAAAAAGCCAAGGAUUUCAAGAGCCAGAUAAUCAAAUAUUUGGAGGCAAUGCAGCAGUCUCAACAACGGCUUAUAAAGUUUUGGGAGGCGUUCCUGCCUGAAGCAAAGGCAAUAGCUUAAUGAAGAGGGAGACUUUUUAAAGACCCCAACUGCCUUUUUUGAACACUUUACCUCUUGACCAGGAACUGAGAGGACAAUUUCGAAUCACACAAGAAACUUCCAUCCAUUUCUUCUUUUUUUUUUUGUCUUUUUAAUCAUAGUAUUCUUGUACAGUUAUUUGAUACAAUAAGCUGCCGCAUUUACACAACAUUUCUUUGGCAUAAUUCCUUGUUUAUGUUCUUGACUUAAAGAGAUCCAACAGAGAUUAACCUGACUGUCAGUGAGAUAUAUAUUUUUUUGUUUCUUGCUUAAACCCAGUAUAUUAAAGUGUUAACGCAGAGGUACUGCCUAGAGUAACAUUAUCUAUAGUUUACAUUAGAAGAUAGACGUAUGUAAGUCAUUCCAGUCUCCAACAAUUUAUGUUGACGGAUGCAUGUCACUAAAAUGCAUUGUACAGUUGGAAAUGCUGUUUUUUAAUGAGAAACCACUAUUGAUGACUGAGGUAAUUUACUACGAGUAUUAGCACAUUGUUACAUCACAAUGCAUCAUAAAGGUUAUAUUAAAACUCAGAUUUGACAAGGUUAAAUGCUUGUCAGAGUUGUUUAUGAGAUGAUAACAGAAACAUAAAAUUACAGUGAGUACAAGUUGAGAAAAUGCAAUCAUUACUUUGUUGGUAUUUCUACGAUGAUGUAUUUGCUAGAAUCAUGUUUAUUAUAUUAAUCAGUUUCUUCCACAACUCAUUUGGAACUGCUGCAGAGAUUGUUACUGCCCAUGUAAAUGACUGUUGACUUGUAUGAACACAUUUACAGUACUUGAAUUGAAUUGAACAUCUUGUCUGUUACCAGACGUCUUUUGAUAAAUUGGUUGAACAAUGACAGGAAGGCACAGACAUUCAAGUGAUACGGUCUCUUAUUUUCUUAUUCAGCAUUUGUAGUUGUGUAGUUUUUCUGUCAUGUCCUAUUUACGUAAGAAUGUGCUUUAUUUUUGUAACCACUUUGCAUUAGCACACACAUUUUCCUGGAAAUGCUAUACAGGUAGAUGUACAAAAUAAAUAUGAUUGGUUAGGAUUUGAC